GCUGACGUCAUAGUGUAAGUGCGCAGCUUGGGACCGGAAGGAAGUGGGUGUCAGCUGGCUAAGGUUAGCGAGCUAAACUCCCGAAGUCUGCCUUGGUUCUAUGGAAGAGAUGUCAGGUGAGAGCGUUGUGAGCUCGGCCCUGCCGGCAGCUACAACCCGCACCACCCCCUUCAAGGGCUCGAGCCCCAGCUCCAAGUACGUGAAGCUGAACGUGGGCGGGGCUCUGUACUACACCACCAUGCAGACCCUGACCAAGCAGGACACCAUGCUGAAGGCCAUGUUCAGCGGCCGCAUGGAGGUCCUCACCGACAGUGAAGGCUGGAUCCUGAUCGACCGCUGUGGGAAGCACUUCGGGACCAUCCUGAACUACCUGCGGGACGGAGCCGGGCCGCUGCCCGACACGCGGCGGGAGACGGAGGAGCUGCUGGCCGAGGCCAAGUACUACCUGGUGCAGGGGCUGGCGGACGAGUGCACGGCCGCGCUACAGAACAAGGACACCUACGAGCCCUUCUGUAAGGUUCCUCUGGUGACCUCCCCCAAGGAGGAGCAGCGCCUCAUCGCCACCUCCAACAAGCCCACCGUCAAACUUCUGUACAACCGCAGCAACAACAAGUACUCGUACACCAGCAACUCUGACGACAACAUGCUGAAGAACAUUGAGCUGUUCGACAAGCUGUCCCUGCGCUUCAACGGGCGCGUCCUCUUCAUCAAGGACGUGAUCGGGGACGAGAUCUGCUGCUGGUCCUUCUACGGCCAGGGCCGCAAGAUCGCCGAGGUCUGCUGCACCUCCAUCGUGUACGCCACCGAGAAGAAGCAGACCAAGGUGGAGUUCCCCGAGGCCCGUAUCUACGAGGAGACCCUGAACAUCCUGCUGUACGAGUCCCAGGACGGGCGCGGCCCGGACAACGCCCUGCUGGAGGCCACGGGCGGCGCCGCGGGACGCUCCCACCACCUGGACGAGGACGAGGAGCGCGACCGCAUCGAGCGCGUGCGGAGGAUCCACAUCAAGCGGCCCGACGACCGCACGCACCACCACCAGUGACCUCUGACCCCCCAGUGGACCCCGGCCGCCGAGCGGUCCUGCCUGUGCCUUAUCACCGACCGCCUCUCCUCCCCUCUUUACGGACUCUAACGAGCAGAGUCGUUAGCAGAGUCGUUAGCGCUGAAGAGCCGUAGCUUCCCGUGGUUACUGUCGUAGCUCCUCCAGCGCGUCACCAUGUUGAGUGAUUUGCUUUAUUGUCCAGUCGCACGCAGACGGCAUCGACCCGCCCACCGAUAGGUUCGACCAAUCAUGAGACUACGUUUGGAAUUGUAAUGCAGAUCACGUGUUUUUACUAAUGCAAUGUCAUUAUUUCGUUUUUGUGCUCUUUGAACAUUACAGUCGAAAGAACAAGAUGCAUAACAUUUUUAGCAAGUUGAUUAUUAUUUUUUUGUGAUUUUGUUGGCCAACACCAGGUGUUGUACAUGAAGUGGCCGCUUGGUGGCACUGUUUAUUCUUAAAAAAAAGAAUCCCGCAAAGCACUGUCUUCUACAAGUAUACCGCAUAUCCAAACGUAUUCCUUCUUUUUAUAUCAUCUUUUAUACACUUCUGAUGUCAUGGGUGCAAUCAUUGUUUCAGAGCGGUCUCCACCGUGACACUCCCUUAGUUUUAAUUCGCCACAGUCCCUCGAUCCUAUGAAAGGACCCCUUUUUAGAGGAGGCAACGUGAGGUCUGACCCGAGGUGUUGGUGUACGGGUGGAGGAGGACGGAGGUCGCGCUACGCCCGUAACCAGAUCAGCAGGAGGAACUCUGCCUUGUAACGGCGUUCCAAGGGGAGCGAAACCAGAGCUGUCAUCAUCAUGUAACGACCUGUUUCUCCUCAUGUGUUUAACAACGUCCUCCUCACAAUCACAGUACUUAUCUCUCCUGUACAGACGUGAACAUAUGUAUGUUUUAGAUAUAUUUAUACAUUCUUUAUCACAAAUAAAUUUCUACAAUGUU